GGGCGGUGCCCGGCCAUGGCGGCGCGGGGCCCCGAGGCGGCGGCGUUGCGGGCGCUGUACCUGUCGCGGGUCGCGGCCCGGCCCGGGCCCUGCGCCGACCCCGCCAUUGCCGCCCGGGCGCGGCGGCUGCUCCUGGGCCCGGAGGGGCUGCCGGGCCUGGGGCACAGCGGGGCCCUGGACGUGCGCGCCGUGGCCGAGCGGUGCCGGCGGGCGCGGGGCGAUCGCGCCCUGCGCGACCUGGUGAAGGCGCUGGAGCUGCUGGAGCUGCUCUGCCUCAACCUGCUGCUGUGCCCCUGGCGCAGGGAGAUCCGCUCGCUCAAGACAUUCACUGGUAACUUUGUCUACUAUAUCCAGUCAGUGCUCCCAGAUGACAUUGUCAAAGCAGUCCUGGAGAAAAUAGGGUACGUUGCAACAACAGCAACAGAGUUUUCACUUGUCAAAAAGAGAAACAAUGAGGAAACAAAGCAGACUGCAUUUGAAAUAUUCCUGGCAAGGAUCGAGUGCGAAACCAUCCUGGAAAUGACAAGUGAAGGAAAAGGUGGCAAUUUGGAGGAUCCCCUCCAGCAGAGAACACAAACAGGGCAGCAGCGAGGAGAGCAGGACAGAGCUCACCCACCCCAGAGGGGAGACACGGAAAACCCAGAAAAGGAAGAAAGCAGUGAGACAGCUUUGUGCCUUGCUCUCCAGCAGAACUGCUCAGCUCCCUGCCCUCUGUCCUUUGAAGCUGCUGGGAAUGUGGAAAUCAAGGAUAAGUUGGCUCUGGCAGCAGCUGCUCCAUCCACCCCCAUCCCUCUGGAACUCGUCGGCUCCGUGCGGCUGCCGGGGCAGUGCUCGGACAGCGAGGACUUCCUGGUCAAGUACAGUGACAUUGUCAUAGGACAAACACCUAUUUUCAGUGAGAAUCGUUCUCCAAGGGCUUUUGAGACAGAGCCAAGAGCCAGUGUGAGUGAGGAAUGUGCCUUGGCUGCAGAGCCCCGGGGGGCUGAGCUGGGGCCUGUGCCCCUGUCCCCAGGAGCCAGCGGCCCCCCAGCCUUUGCCAUGUUUGCUGACAGCCCCUGUGACAGCUCAGCCCACGUGGAGUUCAGAGCUUCACAACUGCCCCAAGAAUCCAUUGAAGCAGAAAUCAAGGAUGCCAUGAACUGCAUAGACCCAGACCCUGCCGAUGGACCCACUGAGCUGAAGUCUCUGCCCUACACGGACUUUGCCUCUGCCCAGACUGUCCCCAGGGAGGAGGAGGUUUGUGAUCUGUCCUUAACUUUCACAAAACUACAGAUCAAGGACACUCAGGAAGAUCUGAUGUAUCCAGUGGAGGAAACUGGCCAACCUGCAGCAGCAGCAUGUGCAAGUGCCAGUGACAGGCACAGAAGAGAAUUUAAUCACUCCAAAAUCAAACACACAUAUCUGGCUGAUGCUGAGCCAUCCUCAGACCUGUGCUGUACUGCUGGGAACACGGAGCAUUCCACCACUGGUUCUGAUGGCAAGAGACUGUUCAUGGAUACUGGUAACACACACAGAGCCUCUGAGGGCUUCAGGCACAUCAGAGAGCCCCCCAACCUCACCUACAUCCCACCACAGAGUAUCGAUGUUCGGCCUUCACAGCCAAGAAGGACCAGCACACAGGACAGAAGGACCCUCCUGCAGCCUGAACCUGACCCUCCUGAAUCCAGUGAAGUAACUCUGGAGAACUGGAAUUCAGAACUGAGUGAAAACCAGGAGCCUUAUGUCAUUAUUGACAGGACCGACCAAGGAAUGUUAUGCCAUCACAUUUGAGUCUACCAGUGCUUUAUCUCUAAUCUGCCUGGGGGUUUUGCCUCUCACUUGUGGCCUUGAUCAUCUUUUCAAGGAGAUGAUUAGUUUUGUCAAAACAGUUUAAAAAAAACCAAAACCACAUUACUGCUUUUGGACAGUAAAAAACAGUAGUUUGUUAGCUCACUGCACUCCUUGGAAGCUGUUCUGAGCUCAUCUUCCUCCUGCCUUCAGCUGCGAACAAGUUUAGAAAGUUUGACAACGUUCCUCUAGGUUUGAGGAGGGAAACAGCCCUGUGAACACUCUUGGUUUUGGAGAGGCAAUAACCUGUAUUACGGGUUUUAUACCUGCCUUCAUUUAUAACCAGAAUAUUUUGUGGUUACUACCACAGUUUUCAAGAGAAGCUUUGAGCAUCAUAACUGUUCACUGCCACCAGGAGAGAGAUCCAGCUACUGCUGCCAUUUCCCUUGUCCCUGCUCCUGCCACUUAAUUCUGCACCAGGAUUCACAGAAUUUUUCUGUAAACCAGUUCAUUUUAUUCAUUUUAUUUCAUCAUAAAAUUAAGGAGGAAAAACUGCCAUUCUGUGCCAUUUUAGUGUCAAGGAAAUGUCAGCAGAGAAGGUUGCAGUGAGCACCAGAGCCAGGAUGAGGGAUUCUCUGGAAGCAGCAGUGCCGUGUGCUGAGAGGGAAGGGGAGCAGGAGUGUUGGAUCAGCUGUGAGCUGAGUCACACCAGGGAGAGCCUCUGUCAUACACAACAUUUAAUUCAUUUAGAAAAUGAAUUAAAUGUUGUACCUAGUACCUAGCCACUGGUACUGUACUUAAGCAGAGUCUUCAGUGCUUCUUUAUACACUUGUUACCCAGAAGGACACUUUAAUACUGCAUCGAGUAGCUUUUCCAGCAGCACUUCAAUGUGUGCUGGUUUUGGCUGGGGUGGAGUUAAUUUUCUUCACAGUGGCUCUGCUUUGGAUGCUAAAAGUGCUUUGUUGUUUCAUGUAUAGUUUAAACAGUAGCUGAAAUUAAUUUUGUAUAAAUAGCUUAUAAUUGACAUUCAGCCCUCAAAAAAUUCAAAGAGGAGCACAUGGAUUACACUAGAAAAAGCUCAGGAGCUAAAAUGUAAAGAUCUGCUUUUUGAACCACUAAUUGCUGAAGUUCUGCCAUCCCCUGGUUCCAGCAGUGUGGGGGGAACAGAACUUUGCCCAAGCUCACACCAAGGGCUGCCUUCAGCUUUGGGUGAGGUUGUGAGAAACAGUUAUUAUGGACAAAAAAUGUUCACAGGGCUCUUUCCUGACAAAUCACAGUGACAUACUCUGGGCUGUAGGAUUCUCUGUACUAAACCAUCAAGUGAGAUUUUCUGGACUGUACAAAACAUGCAUCCUGGGCUUCUACAACCCAUAAUGAAAUCAGAAUUUAGAACAAACUGCUGAUGACUGAACUUCAAAUUUAUAGAACCAUUUCCAAAGAAACAGUUCUUUUGGACUCUUUUACAGAAGAAAAAGGUUUGAAAGUUUAAGGUUUGAAAGUUUUAAGAAUAAUCACUAUCCCCCUACAAAUAAGCUUCAAUAAGAAAGAUAAUUAAUUAGCACACAAAAUCUUAUUUUUAAGCUAGAAUUCUAAAGAUUUACAACAGACCCAUAGCAUGGCAUUACUGGGAUCACUGGGAUCCUUAGUACUAACUCAGUACUAAACCAGGAAAUGCUCAGUGCACUCAUCAUAAAGUCGUAGUGAUUUGGGAAAAAAAAAGCCCAUCAAAUGUGACUAACGAGACAUGAACUGCAGUUCCUGACUUGGUGCAGUCCCUUCAAUGCAAGGUUUUUAGUCACACCACAAAACUGCAAAAGAAAGGCAGUGAUCUCCAAGAGCAAUACCAUCAGAUGGUGUUGAAAGGCCACGUCACCCAAUAUUUGUGUCCUCCAAGUGCCAGACAAAUGUCUGCAAUCCGUGAUCAAAGUGCUCACUGAUGCCUUCCUUGCUCCAGCUAAACCAACCAAAACCAUUAGGGAAAAUAUAUGUAUAUUGUACUUCAGGGAUCAUUCCCCUAAAAUUACACAGAAAAAGUAAGGUGAACACAGUCCAAACUGCCUUGAAAGGAUUACCUUGAAGAGAACAUUCAGAGGGUAAAGCACCAGAGAAGGGCAACUCAACACUUGAGCUGAUGAGUCCUGAAUGAAACCCCCACUAGUUCACUCUCCAAGUACCUGCAGGUCAUAAUAAACUGAUCACAAUCUAAA